AACUAGCUAGAUACUGCACAUCACAUAUCUUGUUAAUUAACUGGAAGUUGCGGUAGAGCGAUAAGUAUGAUGCUGGAUCGCUAUAUAGGGGUCCCGGGUUUACUCCCUGUUUUGUUUGGCCGUGAGAGUUCCUAGGGAUUUUCCAGUGCGGGUUCCCUUUGCCAGUGCUGCAGGACAGAGGACCCGACACGGACAGUGUCUAGUCGUUCGGAUGGGAUGAUGAAUUGAGAUCCCGUGUACAUAUAGACAUGCACGUAGAAGAACCAAUGUCUCCGGUCGAUCUCGAAAGUACGAUAUAACAACGUGAUGUUUACAGCGAAUCUAAUUAUUGUGUGGUGGCUUGUUUUACCAAUCUGUACAACCGAACCUUUAACCAAAGAUGUAAACAACGUCACCAGGCAGCCAGUUAGCCCGAACAAGCCAAACAACGUAACCUUCACAGCGGUUGAUAAUAAUAUUUCCUACGCUUUUCAGCUCAAAACUUACAAUGGCGCAGAUCGUAUAGAAAUCCACGCCGAUAUAGUCGCAUUAGCAAAAAAACAUCCUAGGUAUUGGACUGUGGAUCAACUGAUACGAUAUUUUCCCAUUGUACGCCUACUAGCAUGCAAUCAGCAAUGUAUAGGUGAGACGAAUAUAACCCUUGAGAAAAUAAGAAUACCGAAUGAUAUUAGAUGUGAGCCGUGUUAUUGUGACGAAUCGUGUAGUGUUUACGGCGAUUGCUGCAGUGUUGGUGCAAGGACGUCUCACAAAAAAGAUGGACAACAAUGCAUAAACAAAAUCAAAAACACGACAAUGGAAAAAGGAUUGCUAAUGAUGACGUCAUGUCCCGACAACUACACCGACGAUCAUGUGCGAGAUUUAUGCGAACUGCCAUCAGAUGGCUGUGGUGUAUUGCCUGUGACGUCAUCAAGUGGGAUAACAUAUUUGAAUAAAUAUUGUGCUGUAUGCAAUUAUGAUAAAGAUUAUAAUGACUGGCAACUUAAUAUGGAAGCCGGUAACAACAGACUUGACUUGAGCGACAUGAUAACGGAUGUGUUCACGUGUAGACGACGUACUUACAUAAAGCAGCCUUCCUUAGUACAGGACAGGGUAGUCCAAGCAAACACAUGUGACCCAGGUUUGAUAACCCGAUGUCAAACACCUCUAUUUUCAAGGGCUGACUUGGGUCCGAGCGAAAUAGCACAACUCCAGAAAUUAGAGAAAUUAGAGAAAAGUUACCAAUCAAAUUGUCAUCGACUCCAUGAUCCUAUACACACUUCAAAAGAUGGGAAUUUUUUGAAUAUUUUCUGUUAUGUUUGCCGAAUCUAUUACAACAGCCUAUCGCCGGCCAUAACCGGUUUAACAAACCUUAAACUUGAUGUUGUUCAUCAUGUUUCAGUUUAUCACCAUGUCGAGCUGGUUCGUCCAAUAGAGUCUAAUUCAACGGAAAGGUGCAGUCGUCCUGACGAGUGGUUUCAUCCGUAUCAGAAAAGAUGUUAUAGAAUGUUUUGCUCAGAUUGGUUAGUACUUCAAGCUGAUGAAUGUGUUCCCAUGCAAGGUGAUCGUGGGUUAUUGUACCACGUACUUAUUACAAUAGACGAUGGUCUCGUCACAUCACAAAUAGAACAUCUAACAAGUCGUAUAAAAAAGGAUUUGCGGACGUUAGGGAUUUCCAAAUAUUUAAUAUCUGUCGGAAUACUUGACGAAACAAAUGCGAAUUAUUCGUCUAUCCGUUUAUACUUUGCCCUCUACUCUUCUCAGUUCAAAACCUUAUCCAAAUUAUUAUCUUUUGUUCAUGAAAAUUGGACAUUUGGUCAACAAAUAACAUUAGAUUCGAUUUUAUCGCAGAGUUGGCGAACGUUACAAGAGAUCGUUUCUGAUGUUUUGUUGCAAAGUUGCUGUAAGCAAGAAAAGUUUGAUGAUUUCGAUUACAGUUCGAUUGUUGAACUUAAUGAUCUGUAUGUGUGUCCCCAUAUAUUGCAAAACGGCUCCGAAUUUGAAGACGUUGGCAAUGGCUCAAUAGCAUUGUUCAAUACAAGUUUAACAUUAAAUAUAGGGCAAUAUUGGAAUGGUUCCAAAGGUUUUAUUAAGAUCUGUGUAGAUACGCUUAAUGACAAGUGGCAGUUUUCUUUACAGCAGAGUAACACUGAAUCACCUCCGGAUGAAUAUCUCAACAUUAACAACACAAAACUGGAAUCACCCCGUGUUGAUUUUGAACAUAUGUUCUCCAUUUUCCAAUUAACUAUUCUUGUCGUGUCAUUACUUCCGUUAUUUCUAACGUUUCUAACAUAUUGCAUCUUCCCUGUUCUGCGGACAUUGCCUGCACAAAACAACAUGGCGCUCGUCGUUUGUUUGUUUCUGGCACAACUGCUGUUGGUGAUCGGAAGCUAUCUGACGACAGGCACUAUUAUUUGUAAAGUAUUUGGCGUACUUAUUCAUUAUUCGUGGCUCUGUGUUGUCUUUUGGAUGAAUGUCUGCUCAUUUCAUAUGUUUUCGGUGUUUAGGGCAUCAAAGGCAGCUAGAAGCUCACGUUCUCCUAAACGAAUGAUAAAAUACGUGUUGUACACUAAUGGUCUAUCCUUGCUUAUAGUUGUUAUGGUGAUUGCCUUGUCUUUAGUUUUUUACGGUACUAUUGGUUACGGCAGAAGGCAGUGUUACUUAGAUAAAACAUUUUUAGUGGGCGUGGCCUUUAUCUUGCCCCUGUCUUUAGUUAUUGUAUGCAACUUAAUUUUCCUAUCACUAACAAUAUUCUCGAUCAACAAGACCUCUAAAACGGCGAGUCUUGCUGGAAAAGAUCGGCAUCAUGCUAAGGUCUAUAUCAAACUAUCAACCGUAACCGGUAUCUUCUGGACAGUCGAUAUCCUCUCGAACUUUUUCUGGCGUGACCCUUUGAGGAUCAUAUCCACUAUCUUGAACUACAGUCAGGGUAUUUUUAUUUUUCUGUCAUUUAUGGCAAAUAGACGAAUUGCCAAAUUAUGGCUGGGUCUAUUUAUAAAAGAAACCCCUAAAAAUGGGCCUGCAACACCAAAUGUUAGCAAUAGCUCGAAAUCUGUAACAACCACAAAACUAACCGGCGAUGACAAUAAAAAUUAAAGUGAUUUAACUUAAAGGUGCAUUAUGUAAGAUUUAGAUAAUAGUUUAAAAAUAGAUUAUGAAAAGUGAAUAUAUUGAAAAUUUCAGUCAAAUUACUUAAUUCGGAGCGAAGUUAUGGCUGUUUGAAGAAUAGCGGAGUCUCGAUUGUCAUUGCUACAGUUGUUACGAUAGUAAGCAAGUCUUGAUUAUCCAUUUUUUUGAUUAAAUUAUUAAACGACUAACUUUUUUCAAUCCACUGAAAAUCGCGAGCAUCCGAUGUUCUAGAGAGUUGACUGUGGUCUUGUCAUGUUAAUAAAUGUCUAAUUAAUAAUUUAUAUAAACAUUUGAGGACAAAAGAAAGACCUGCAAUAAGCAGAUUUAGCUCUUACAUAAUGCAUAUUUAAUUCCGCAUUGACUUUCAAUGACAUUUAUGUAUAUAUUAAACUGUUCAUAAAUUUAUAUGCCGUAAAUAAGAAUGAAGUCAUAACGUUUGGUAACCAACGAUAAAGUGCUAUAUUUUGUAUUUGAGUUUGUUUGAUAUACUGUCAGUAAUAUAAAUACACUGUUUAUUUAGAGUUAUGGCAGAUUGUUAUUGUAUAUUGAGUUAAUUCGAUAUAUAGUUAUUACCAUAUUAUGUUUUUGCAUGUUGAGUUAAUUAGGAAUUUAGUUAAUAUCAUUUUAUUUCAUUCAGGUUAAGCUAAUUUCGUAUAUAGUUAUUACCAUAUUAUAUUUUGCAUGUUGAGUUAAUUCCGUAUAAUAGCCAUUACCAUAUUAUGUUUUGCAUGUUGAGUUAAUUCCGUAUAUAUAGCCAUUACCAUAUUAUGUUUUGCAUGUUGAGUUAUUUUCGUAUAAAUCCAUUACCAUAUUAUGUUUUGCAUGUUGAGUUAAUUCCGUAUAUAUAGCCAUUACCAUAUUAUGUUUUGCAUAUUGAGUUAAUUCCGUAUAAAGUUAUUAACACAUUAUGUUUUACAUGUUGAGUUAAUUUGACAUUUAGUUAUUACCAUAUUAUGUUUUUCUGAAUGUUGAGUAAAUUAUAUAGAUAGUGAUCACAUUUCGCAUGUUGAUUUUGUUCAAUAUUGUAUCGAAAUUUUGCUGGUUUGUUCGAUAUAGGAAAACCAAACGACCUAAGUUAGUUUUAGUUAGUUUUUUUUAAAA